AUGCCCAUCCAUACCCUGGAUAUCGUCGGCUCCCCGUCUGGUAAUUCGCACAGCCAGCUGCAGUCCGGCUGUCCCGGCGUCAAUGGAAUCCACCAGUCACGCCUCUCAGAUAUUUACAAUCAGUCUGGAGACUUCUACAAUGGUAUUCGCGGUGUCUACGCCCAAUACGACUUGCUUCCAGGCACAUAA